GGAACUUGAUAUUCACGCGCUAUCUUAGCGCGUGGCCGAGCUGUACUAAGUUAAUCGCUGUCUGUACCUCACGCUCUACGAUCCAAUUCGUGUGUUGGAAGUUGGAACCCUCUACAACGAAGACGACGAAUUGAGGGCGAUUUGGUUUCAUAAAUCCUCCGCUCAGAUAACUCUGUCAAAAUUUUUGUAACAACAUACUGUGUUUGUAUGAUUAUGUGUUAGAUUUGGCUUUUCGUUUGGGAUAUUGGUUGAUUUAUCCGGUUGCGAUCGGAGUAAAGUAAUGAAGGGGUGGAGAGAGGCAUCCGGAUCAAGACAAAGCAGCGACAGUGCAUCCGCUGGUACGCCGCUGGGUAUUGACAGGAACCUCUCGUCGAACACCAUCCGACUUGGUCGAGUUCAACCCCAGGCGCCAGGUCACCGCACUGUUUUCUGCAACGAUCGCGAAGCCAAUCAACUCGCGAAAUACAAGGGAAAUUCUGUAUCAACAACAAAGUACAAUGUUGCUACCUUUUUACCAAAGGGGCUCUACGAACAGUUUAGGCGGGUGGCUAACCUGUACUUUCUUACAAUCUCUUGUUUAUCAUUUACACCUGUCAGUCCUGUUAGUCCAAUCACAAAUGUUAUCCCACUUAGUCUUGUGCUUUUUGUAUCUCUUGUCAAGGAGGCAUUUGAAGACUGGAAACGUCUUCAAAAUGAUAUGACAAUAAAUAAUACAGCUGUUGAUGUGCUUCAAGAUCAAAGGUGGGAAUCCAUUCCCUGGAAGAAGUUGCAGGUUGGAGAUGUUGUCAGAGUGAAGCAGGACACUUUCUUUCCAGCUGAUUUGUUACUCCUUGCAAGUACAAACACUGAUGGUGUCUGCUAUACUGAGACUGCAAAUCUAGAUGGUGAAACAAAUCUUAAGAUCAGGAAAGCUUUGGAGAAGACAUGGGAUUAUUUGACUCCUGAGAAAGCCUCAGAAUUUAAAGGUGAAAUACAUUGUGAACAACCAAACAAUUCACUCUAUACCUUCACUGGAAAUUUGCUACUUCAAAAGCAAACAUUACCCAUUGGUCCAAAUCAUAUUCUGUUGAGAGGAUGCAGUCUACGUAACACAGAGUACAUUGUUGGGACUGUAAUCUUUACUGGACACGAGACAAAGGUAAUGAUGAAUUCCAUGAAUGUUCCUUCCAAGAGGAGUACACUCGAGAGGAAACUUGACAAAGUAAUAGCCACACUUUUUGGUGUUCUUCUCUCCUUGUGUUUAAUUGGGGCCAUAGGCAGUGCUGUAUUUGUAAAUAACAAGUAUCACUACUUAAUGCUUUGGGUUAAUGGUGACUCCCAACAGUUCAAUCCAAGCAACAGAUUUGUGGUUUUUAUUUUAAGUAUCUUUACCCUUAUUACACUGUAUUCCCCAAUUAUUCCAAUUUCUCUUUAUGUUUCUAUCGAGAUGAUCAAAUUUAUCCAGUCAACUAAGUUUAUAAACAACGACUUGAGGAUGUAUCAUAGUGAAACAAAUACCCCUGCGUUAGCACGCACAUCGAAUCUAAAUGAGGAACUUGGACAGGUGGAGUACAUUUUUUCUGAUAAAACGGGAACUUUGACAAGAAACUUGAUGGAGUUUUUUAAAUGUUCAAUUGCUGGAGGGACUUAUGGAUCUGGUGUUACUGAAAUAGAAAUGGGAGCAGCAAGGAGGAAUGGUGUAAAUGUUAAGGAGGUACAAAAAACAUCUAAUACAGCACGUGAAAAGGGUUUCAAUUUUGAUGAUAGUAGACUCAUGCUUGGUUCUUGGAGAAAUGAACCUAAUCCUGAAAUGUGCAAGGAAUUUUUUAGAUGCCUUGCUAUAUGCCAUACUGUACUCCCUGAAGGUGAGGAAUCCCCAGAAAAACUUCGAUAUCAAGCUGCAUCUCCAGAUGAAGCUGCUUUAGUCACUGCAGCAAAAAACUUUGGCUUCUUUUUCUACAGGCGUACACCUACUCAGAUUUAUGUUCGUGAAUCACAUGUUCAAAAAAUGGGAUCCGUUCAAGAUUGCAAAUAUGAAAUCUUGAAUGUCCUUGAGUUUAACAGUACAAGGAAACGUCAAUCUGUUGUUUGUCGUUAUGAAGAUGGAAGGCUUGUAUUAUACUGCAAGGGAGCUGAUAAUGUUAUUUUUGAGAGAUUAGCAAGUGGAAAUGAUGAAUUAAAGAAAGUUUCACGUGAGCAUUUGGAGCAAUAUGGAGAAGCUGGAUUGCGAACUCUUUGUUUGGCUUAUAAGGAUUUAAGCCCAGACAUGUAUGAAGCUUGGAAUGAAAAAUUCAUCCAAUCAAAAUCUGCUUUACGAGAUCGUGAAAGAAAAUUGGAUGAGGUGGCGGAAUUAAUAGAAAAUGAUCUUACUUUAAUUGGAUGCACGGCUAUUGAAGACAAACUUCAAGAAGGGGUACCUGCCUGCAUAGAAACUCUUGCUAAAGCUGGAAUUAAAAUCUGGGUGCUUACAGGAGACAAACUGGAAACUGCAAUAAAUAUAGCAUAUGCUUGCAAGUUAAUUAACAAUGACAUGAAACAGUUUGUGAUCAGUUCAGAAACUGAUGCGAUCAGGGACGUUGAGAACAGAGGGGAUCAAGUGGAAAUUGCUCAAUUUAUAAGAGAAACAGUGAAAAAUGAGCUUCACAAGUGCCAUGAAGAAGCACAAAGUAUCAUUCAUGGUUCAACUGGACAGAAGUUGUCCCUUUUGAUAGAUGGAAAGUGUUUGAUGUAUGCUUUAGAUCCAAGUUUGCGCUCAACAUUGCUUAGUUUGAGCUUAAGUUGCAAUUCUGUAGUCUGCUGCCGUGUUUCUCCUUUACAAAAGGCACAGGUGACAAGACUGGUGAGAAAAGGUGCAAAUAAAAUAACACUAAGUAUUGGUGAUGGAGCUAAUGAUGUUGGGAUGAUUCAAGCGGCUCAUGUUGGUGUUGGGAUAAGUGGUUUGGAAGGAAUGCAGGCAGUGAUGGCUAGUGAUUUUGCUAUUGCUCAGUUUCGCUUUUUAACAGAUUUACUUCUUGUCCAUGGCCGAUGGUCUUAUCUUAGAUUAUGCAAGGUUGUUUCCUACUUCUUUUACAAAAAUCUUACUUUCACUUUGACUCAGUUUUGGUACACCUUCCAAACUGGCUACUCUGGUCAAAGAUUCUAUGAUGAUUGGUUCCAGUCCCUCUAUAAUGUUAUUUUUACUGCCUUACCUGUCAUCAUUGUUGGACUCCUUGAUAAGGAUGUGAGUGCAUUACUGUCGAAAAAGUACCCACAGCUAUACAAAGAAGGAAUACAAGAUGCAUACUUCAAUUGGAAAGUUGUAGGCACUUUAGCUUGCUUUUCAGUUUAUCAAUCAGUAGUUGUGUACAACUUUGCUGUGUUUUCAAGCACAACUGGUUUAACCUCAGCUGGAAAGAUGUUGGGGUUGUGGGAUAUCAGCUCAACUGCAUUCACAUGCCUUGUCAUAACUGUCAAUCUGCGUCUUCUUAUGAUGUGCAACACAGUCACAAGGUGGCACACUAUAAGUAUUGGAGCCAGUAUUCUUGCAUGGUUCGCCUUCAUCUUUAUAUACUCCAUUGUCUUUGUAAAUAAGGGGACGUAUUUCACCAUUUAUGUGCUCAUGAGCACUCCCUACUUCUACCUGUUAACCAUUCUUGUCCCCAUUGUUGCCCUUUUGGGUGACUUUUUGUACCAAGGGGUACAAAGAUGGUUUUACCCGUAUGAUUACCAAAUCGUUCAAGAAAUCCACAGACAUGAGCCGGAGUCAAUUGGGGCGGGAUUACUGGAAGUGGGGAAUCAGUUAACUCCAGAAGAAGAAAGGCGAUACGCGUUUGCUCUACUUCCAAGAGAAAAGUCAAAGCACACAGGUUUUGCGUUUGACUCACCGGGGUAUGAGUCCUUUUUCGCUACACAACAAGGAGUAACGGUGCCUCAAAAGGCAUGGGAUGUCAUUAGACGUGCCAGUAUGAAACCGAAGAGAUCAACUCGAGAUAGUCGUUCUUAGAAUUUGUACACCAAAAAAAAAAAAUUAGGGGAUUAUUAUGUACUUUUUUUUGGACAGUUUUGAGGUUUUUUUUGGAAUAUUUUUGUAAGUUUGAACAGAUGUAUAAUUUGAUGGAAGUAGAACCUUAUUAGAGUGAUAUUAAUAGUCUUGAUUCUUUUAUUCAUCUUUUUACUACUUUUUUGAUUUGUAAGUUGGCUGUAGAACUUACGCUAAAACACUUUCUGAUAUGUAAUGUUUACAUGUUAUAUUGUUA